AGCUGAGCUGCCCCUGUGUUCGGGGCAGAUCGCUCAGCCACUGCUCUCCCUCGUGCGAAACAACAGGGGCGUCUUGCUCUUGCCUGCCACCUCCUGACGCAAGGCUACUUGCUCUUGUUUGAUCUUUGGCACAAUCAUGAGUCAUCUAGACAAUGCCGCGUCUCGCGGCGAGUCUCCUGAACUCAGGUUGGCGACGGGCACGGCUCCUCACACCCGACCAGCUUCCAGCAACCAGUCCCCUUCCACCGAGCACCCGCCCAUCUCCGCUACUUCGGCGAGGCGAGGCCGCGUGCAUUGGGAUGGCAACACCGCCUCCAUCGCAAGGGGCGGCAUUCUCCACACUUCGGCCCCUAGCUCUGGUAUCGAAGCCACCUCUGCACCAGCUCAACAAACAGCCUCUGCUUUUGCUGCUGCUCAAGCCGCCUCAAGAUCUGCUCAGAGGCGCGUACAUGCAGGUCAAGGUGGUGCCACUGUGACUCUGAGAGCACGCAAUCAACCUCCCACGCCUGGAAGCGUCAAUCGUGCUUUUCAUCCCGGUCCUUUACAGUUGUCCUCUCGCCUUGCAGAAAUGAGUGCGGAUGCCGCUGCUGCUCCGAAUGCGCCCGGCUCAGCUCCACCAGUCGCUGAGAGCGCAGGCGAAGAUCCGAUGCAGCCUAACAAUGUCGCCGCAGCCCAAUACUUCAACGCGCAACCCGAGAUAAGCGCUCCCAGCAAUCACCUCGGCGCGCCUGCUAGUGCUAACGUGCCCGCUCUGUCGCUCACUGGUGCCAAGGGCCUCGAUGAGCGGGGCUUGGAUUCCAGAGCUUUCUUGGAGCUGCAGCGAGAGUUGCAACGGCACGAGUCCAACGUCCCAGAAGUGGUGGAGCCAAGCAGCGCUCGUCUGGCCCCCGUCUCGGAGGAUGGUGGCCGCGCUGCCUUCUCACGGAGGCACGCGGCACGUCGAGCAGACACUCCCGACUACGAUAUUAGCGCCAGCAUGAGCGGGGCUUCCACUCCUGGCGUCGAAUGGGCCAGCGGCACUAGCGACACCGGUAGCUACGAUCCGGCCGCCGAUAGCGAUCUGGACCAUAUCGAUGUGAUUCCAGGAGAGACGGACGGCAUGCCGUCCCGGCCACGUCGCCGCAAGACGCAGCAGCAGAAGCGCGAGGACGAGCAGGAAGAGCAGCCAAAAGGAUGGGCUCGACUCCGAGCUAUCCUGCGCAAGCCUGCCGAGGACGAAGAGGGUGAUGAGAAGGGCUUGCCCACUACCAGGGCGGACGUUGGGAACGACGAGGCUGGCGGCCCCACGAAUAGAAAAAGUGUUCCCGUCACUACCUCUACCGGCACGCAUUCAGGCCCCCGCCACAGGCCCACACGCUUUGAACGUGAAGCAGCCCGUCUGGUCAAGGCUCACCGCUUGAUGACUGGUCAGAGCGUAGAAAGCGACGGUAUGCCAGGAGGAGCGGCCGCGGCAGGUCUUGGCCGUAUGCCCACCAUGAGUCGCAAACACCUUGACUCCGAGGCGAGCACACCGGAUGCGCUUGACACGGCCGCGAAUCUGGACGCGAGACCAGUCGCUGCAGGAGGUGUCCUCGGCAAUUUGCUGCGGCUCUACGAGCAGCAACAACGCGAAGCCGCACGGAAACAAAAGGAGCUGGCGGAAUCUCGGGCAACUUCGCCUCUGUCUACCCCUCCCGUCAGCGGGGUCCGGGGUGGCGCAGGCGCUCCUGCGAACCUGUCUGACCUGGUCGCUGCCGAGCUAGCUCGCGAGACUGCCGCUACCGCGUCUAGCAUCGGGCCGGUGCCCGCGGAUGCUAGAUCCAAAGCGCGACGUCGAAGCUAUUGGUCUGCGGAAAACACUGGCGGUGCCAAUAGUCCGGGCCCUGCUGCCUUGGCCGGCGCAUUCGUUGCAGAAGGUACCGCCAAGAUUGCUGGCGCGACAAAGAAGGUAGCUCAGGUCGCAGCGCGAGAAUCGGGAAUCGAUGAUGCUGUCGACGACAGGCCGAAGGCUGCGAGAUCCAACGCCGGCACGAUUGGAGGCCUGGUUGCUGUCACCGGUAACCUGAUCGGUGCAGUCAGUCCUUGGCACGCGCAACUCGGUCCCAAUCCCAAGCGUCCCGGCUAUACUUUGGAUAGAUACCUACUUCCAGAGAUGAAUGAAAAGACGCUGCGCAAGACUGCAGAGAUCGUAGCUGAUGCUGCGCCUCGUCCUCGACGAUCCGCACCGGGCACACCUCAUCUACCCGGCAUAGGCACCAGCGUCAGCUCUUCGCCUCAUCCCAAUGAUAGCAGCGAAACGGCUGCUGCGUCGCCGCAGGAUGGCGCAGCUAGCCCUCACAAGACUACCAGCAGACCUGCAAGUGUUCUCCUUGGUCCUGCGCGGAGAAACACGGACGCUACGGUCGGUGGCAACGCUCAUCGCAAAGGCAGCUCUCUGAGUCAAUUCAGCUCGCACCUCUACGGGAAGCAUGGCUGGCGAAGCAACGUCAACACUCCAGAUGUGUACACGGCAGACUCCGGAGGAGAUUACUUUGGCCACGCUGAUCCAGAGAUGGAUGACAAAUUGCAGAAACUGGAAUGGCAGCGCAAGUUAAAAAAGAGGGCCAAAGAUAAGCGCAAGAAGGAAGAGAUCUUCAUCACGAUGCACGUUGCUGCGAUCCUGCAACGGCAAGAGUUCCUCUUGAAGCUCGCCCGAGCCUUGAUGAUGUUCGGAGCACCUACACAUCGCAUCGAGACGCAAAUUCAGCAGACAGCGCGUGUGCUCGAGAUCAACGCCCGCUGCAUCUACCUGCCCAAUCUGAUGCUGCUCGCCUUUGGCGAUGAUGCUACGCACACCUCCGAAACCAAGUUCAUCAAGCAGGCGGGUGGUCUGGACUUGACCAAGCUGACCGACAUGCACUCGAUCUACUGGAACGUGAUUCACGACAAGAUUGGCGUCGAGGAAGCGAGUUCGCAGUUAGACGAAUUGAUGAGACGGAAACCCGUCAUUGGCAUGUGGCCCAUGGUUUUCAUUGGCGGCUUUUGCUCAUCUUUCAUCUGCGUUGGAAGCAUGGGGUUCAACGGAAGCUUUAUCGAUGCUUUGGUCGCCUUUCCGCUCGGCAUGUUCCUCGUCUACUGCCAGAGCGUCAUCACCACAGAACUCUUUAGCAACGUAUUCGAAAUCGUCUUUGCUGCCAUCAACUCCUUCGUCGCUUCUGCCCUCGCAUCGACACAGUACUUUUGCUACGCGGCGGUGGUCUCGGGAUCCAUCGUGCUCAUCUUGCCUGGUUUCAUCGUCCUCAGUGGAUCACUCGAGCUGCAGAGCAAGAACUUGAUCGCUGGGUCAGUCCGCCUCGUCUACGCCAUCAUCUACAGUCUCUUCCUCGGAUUUGGAAUCAGCAUCGGAUCCUCUUUCUGGCUUCUCUUCAGCGGGUCAGGCGACAGUACGAUCCAGUACCUCAAUUGCACAGAUCCGGCCGUCCAUCCCCCCAACGUUUGGUGGAGAGAAACGGUGCCCUUGGCAUGGGGCUUCCUCACAGUGCCCGGUUAUGCCACCGCGUUGUCGAUGCGUAAUCAGGUCAAGGUGAAUCGAAAAGAAUUUCCAGUGAUGGUGUUGAUUGCUUGCGCAGGAUGGGCAGUCAACCACUUCUCGAGCACAGCUGGAGCCUUGACUGGUCGACAGGACAUCACUUCCGCACUGGGAAGCCUAUGCGUCGGAGUGCUAGCGAAUAUUUACGGAAGAAUCUUUGACGGCAGAGCUUUCGUCGUCAGUGUCCCCGGUAUCCUCUACCAGCUUCCUUCUGGUCUCUCCAACGGUGGUCUGCUCAACUUUGCCAGAUCUGGCACGGGAAGCAGCGCCACGAGCAACUUCAACUCGGGCUUCGACGUUGCGCAGAGCCUCGUAGAGGUGGCCAUCGGUCUUACGGUUGGCCUAUUCGCUGCUACCAUGCUGGCGUACGUCUUUGGUGGCCGCAAGAUCCGAGGAGGCGGACUGUUCUCCUUCUGAUCUCGUUGCGCAUCGUUUCCAACGCUGCACUUCGUCCUCAAUCUCAGCACAAACUCGCUGCCAUCUUCCUCUGCAUCUUUU